CAGUGGAGGAUGCUCGAGCUGGGGUCAGUGGAGAUCGCGGUGGAGGUGAUGUUGGAGGUGCGGGAAAAGAUGCCCGAAGUGAUGGAGAGCAGAUGUGGUUAGUAAAGAUCCUUCUCAUGGGUAGAUAUAUAUAUGGGGAUGAGGACGUGAUCGUGUAACCCCAUCUCAGAUUUUGGUGGUUCUCGUCUCCCUUCACAGCAUUGAGCUCGAAAUCAAAAGCUCUCUUGACGCGACCAUGACUCCAACCGAGGGAAUGGAAAAGACAACCAGUGCCACGAUGGAAAGGCCCGAUGCAGUCCACGAACAUUUUGAAAGUCUUGAUCCUGUUGAAUUUGCGCGUAGAGAGAAAGCUCUGUUGCGUAAGAUCGAUUAUCGCCUUAUGCCAUGUCUUCUGGGGAUGAUUGUUCUCAAUUAUCUCGACCGCAAUGCCCUACCUAAUGCAAGGAUUCAAGGAAUUGAAGACGACCUCGGUCUUGUUGGAGACCAGUAUAAUACUGCUAUUUCUGUGCUUUUUGCGGGUUAUAUUGCUCUCCAGAUCCCGUCCAAUAUGCUGCUGACGAGAGUUCGGCCGAGUAUCUAUCUACCUGUUUGCAUGGCAAUCUGGGGCGUUGUAUCUGCCUGUACCGCUCUUGUACAUAACUUCAACGGCCUUGUCGUUGCGCGAUUCUUCCUCGGAUUCAUGGAAGCGCCUUACUUCCCGGGAGCUCUCUUCCUUCUAUCAAGUUGGUACACGCGCAAAGAACUGGCUACUAGGACUGCAGUGCUAUACACCGGCAGUCUUCUCUCGAGUGGAUUCGGUGGCCUCGUUGGCGCGGGUGUUGAGUAUGGUCUUCAUGGGAAGCGUGGGUUGGAGUCUUGGAGAUGGCUAUUUAUCAUUGAGGGAACUGUGACUGUUGCUUUCGCUCUUGGUUGCAUAUUUGUCCUCCCAGAUUUCCCAUCAACUACAAAGUGGCUCACCCCAGAAGAAAGAAGCCUCGCCGCAUAUAGACUCAGAGAGGGGAGCGGAGCCCAGGACGAAGAGCGAGGAUCAUUGGUAAAGGGCGUUUGGAUGGCUGUGACUGAUUAUAAAGUCUGGCUUCUUGCGAUGAUUGUCAUCACAAAAACAAGCGCGGCAGCUGUCACCUCGUUCAUCCCCACCCUAGUCGCUACAUUCAAGUACAACAAAGUCGACUCCCUCCUUCUCACAGCCCCGCCAUACGUCUUUGCAGCAAUCUGCGCAAUGAGUAUUUCCAUGAGCAGUGAUAGGAGGCUCGAGCGCUGUGGACAUCUGGUUGUGCCGUUGACGUUUGGCAUGAUUGGGUUUAUCAUCGCUGCGGCCACCACGGGUCUGGCUCCGCGGUAUUUCUCGCUAUUUCUCAUGCUUGGUGGUGUGUAUGGUGGUUUUAAUGUUGGACUUGCGUGGGUGUCUUCUACGCUGCCUCGACCGAUGGAGAAGAGAGCUGCGGCUUUGGCUUUUGUGAACAUGGUUGGAAACUUUGCCCAGAUCUACUCGCCGUAUCUAUACAAAAAGACCAGCGGGCCUCAAUACCUCCCCGCCAUGGUUGCAAACACCGUAUUUGUUUUCGCAUCCAUCAUGAUUGCCCUCCUACUCCGCUUCUGCCUCGUGCGCGAAAAUAAGAAGCUCGAAGCUAUUGAAACACAACAGAGCAUUGUCGAAAACUCGGACGAGAAGGGUGUGUCUCAUGAUGAGAUUGUGUUGGAAGGAGUUGGAGGACUGUUGGUUCUUAACCCAGGGUUUAGGUACGUUUUGUAGUGUGGGAAGUGCUUGAAUACAGCCUAUCCAUGUGGGAAUUGGCGAGGAGCUGUCGAAGGAAGUGGCUGGGAUGGUUGAGGGUGAGGAAAGGGAGAUGAUCUCCGCUCUGAGCGCAACACCGACGAGAGGAAUGUUCACGUAUGGGUUCGAG